GACACGGGGUGGUAAUCAGAUUGCAAAACCAACCCGAGCAGUAGCGGGUUCAGGCAGAUGUUGGGGAUUAUAUCGAGGAAACAGCCAGAGGAAGUGGAUGAGGCAGGCGCAGUCGAUUACUUCAAAAAGCAGCUGGGAUGCGUUGAUGGAGUGAAAAGGCCAGAAGGGAAAUGGGCCCAUCACAGGAAAUUGUGACCAUCUCGGCGGGCACUGUGGUUGGCAUUGACUCGUUGGGCAGAACGCUCUGAAUUUGGACUCUAUUGCUCUUUGAGAUUGUCAGUAGAUGCGCCAGGUAUCAGCGGAGAGACAUAGACAUCGUGUGGAAGGUGUUGUUAAUGGGGAAUGCUUGGUCCCCAAGCCAACUGCUUCUCUGAUACAGGGGAUGACGAUACUAUCAUAUUUGCAAACUAAUCGUACUCUCUCUGACACACUGUCUGCUUGUUGUUUAAUUCACAACAUCACCAGCAGGUGGAGGUUUCCCGAACCGGGACCAGGAUGUAAACAAGACGACGAUCAACAAUCGUCAGUCAGAAUCAGAAUGGACAAAGUUGGGAAAUUGAAACGAGCAGCGAUAGGACUGAAGAGGAUUUUAUCAGGCGGAUCAUCGAGGGAAGAUGAUCGGGACACGGGAAGCAAGGUACCAAAUCAGGGUCAGAUUAAGAGCAACGUCCCAAUGGAAAGUGGUCCCGCCGCAGAGGAGCAGGAGCAAAUUCAGCCCGGAGACAGUGACGUCAGCGACACCGAUCAGGACCCUGGAACCAGCACAAGUGAGGCGACCCCCUGUCAGCUCGGAAGCUCAUUGAACAUGGAAUUGUCAAGUGCCCAACAAGGAGCAGAGCCAGAGUUUACAAUCUCCGACCUCCUGGCAGAGGGGGAGGAAUACCGACUGUACCAACUGACAAAGUUCUACAGAGACAGACUCCAACAAGCGAUUGAAGAAAAGGUUGAGAGACUCGGUAUAAUGUUGACAGAGGCGGGACAUUUCAGUAGAGAAGAAAAUGAAAAAGUCACUGAACUGGCAGAGAAGGGAAACCGGGCAGAGAGUUCCAGACUCCUCCUCAGUUUGGUGAUGGGCAAAGGCUCCCGGGCCCGGAGGGCGAUGUGGAAAUGCUUUGUGACUUUGAGGACUGAGUUACCGAAGUUGGACAGAAUACUGAGGCAAAUACAGGAGAAAGGUCCUGAUCCACAGGAAUACAUGAACAUUGCCCAAGGGUUAUUUGAGUUACCUACUCAACUGAUAGGUGUUCAACAGAAACACAAGGAGACUCUGCGGGCACAAACUGAAACACUGAGAGUGAACACGAUCCUGAUGAGGGAGAAGGUGAAGGUUUUCCAGCUGGUUGAUCGAUUCGUUGAGCUCACGGUGAUUACUACUGUUCGAGAUCGGAGACUGGUGGAACAUGAGCUGCUGGCAAGAGGCAGAGACCACGAGGAGUGGAGAGAGAAACAUCUCUGCGGAGAGCUGGAAAAAAUCCAGACUGAUCAGUUGUUCCAAAACCGCUUUUCCUGGAGUAAAUCCAAACCUGGGGAUUCAGCAGCAGUGACCGGAGUCGCGGGGAUCGGGAAAACCACAAUGGUACAAAAGAUUGUUUAUGACUGGGCCAUGGGGAAAAUAUACCAACAGUUCCAGUUUGUAUUCAGUUUCAAAUUCCGGGAUUUAAACUCCAUUAACUGCAGAAUAAACCUGAGGGAACUGAUUCUAGGUCAGUAUCCUUACUUUGGGAAUAUCCUGGCAGAGGUCUGGAAGAACCCAGAGGGUUUGCUGUUUAUAUUCGAUGGUUUGGAUGAAUUCAAUGAUAAAAUUGAAUUUGCUGACAGUCGGGGAGACACGGUACCUCGCUCCACAUGCACAGAUUCUGAAUUCAAGUGCAAGUGUGAAGGAAUCCAGCAGCUGGGACCCGGGCUGCACAAGUGCCAGAAGCUGAGACUCUGUUAUAAUAAAUUGGGAGAUUCAGGAGUGAAACUGGUGUCUGAGUCUCUGAGGAACCCGGAGUGUAAAAUACAGAAACUGUGGCUGUGGGAAGUCGGUCUCACAGAUUCUGGUGCCGAGCCUCUCGCCUCCGCUCUCAGUACAAACCCAUCACUGACAGAGCUGGACCUGAGUCAUAAUGAACUGGGAGAUUCAGGAGUGAAACUGGUGUCUGCGGCUCUGAGGAACCCGGUGUGUAAAAUACAGACACUGCGGCUGUGGUGUGUCGGUCUCACAGAUUUUGGUGCCGAGGAUCUCGUCUCCGCUCUCAGAACAAACCCAUCACUGACGGAGCUGGACCUGGUAUUCAACUCGCUGACAGACCGAUCUGUCCCCGCUCUGCGCCGCCUCAUACUGACCCUCCCGAGACUGGAGCGGAUCUGGCUGGGGGAGAAUGGAUUCAGUCGGACAGGGGAGACGGAACUGAGAUCUCUGCAGGAACCCAGACCGGGACUGAGAGUGGACUGUGAACAUCCGCGCCAGCGGGAUGGGGAUAUAUUGGCAGAUUCCCCGCACUCCCCUUUAAUUCCCCCUCCCCUUUAA